CCAAUAGCAAGGUUUUGAGGGUCUCCAUCCUUAAUAGAUCGUAGACUAUUGUUUUUGCCGUUGUUGGCGUUGUGUUCCGGGUGUGAUCCUAACAGAUAGUGUACCAAUUAUCGCAGUCAUCGCAGUUAUAUACGCACCUUUUGCAGUUGCGAAAAGAAAACCUGAAAAAUUCAGGCUUGUACCGGAUUCGAACCCUUGACCACUGCGAUACCGGUGCAGCCCUCUACCAAUUCUUACUGCUUUUUUUUUUGGUUUUGUUUUCGUGAAUAGGGUGUCAUUUUUCGGGUUUGAGCCUAUAAGUUUUCGUUUGUUUCAUCCUCAAAUAGGGGCAAGGUUUCAAGACCAUGGGCGUCAUACACCCUCGCUAGAUUACGGCCAAUUUGUUUUACCCAUUGGUGACCGUACGUAUCAAAGGGUUUCCGGUGUAUACCGAGUGAUCAAUGUUGUUGUUUUCGUUUAAAGAUAUUGACGAAUGCCAUUUUUCUUCACCCGUCUGCGAUUUCAAUGCCGACUGUACCAAUACGCGCGGAUCUUAUCUCUGCACUUGCAAAUCUGGUUUCUCUGGCGAUGGGAAAACUUGCGAAGGUUAGCAGAAAAAUACUUCUUCAUGAGCUUUCAUGCUAAGGACGUUCUAGAGUUGUUAGGAUAUAUCUCCAUGCUAUAGUUUUGUUUACGUGCAAUAGCACAAUGGAUAUUUCAAAAACGAGAUCAAAGCUUUACAAGGAUAAUAAAUCAGCUAUGUCCCAAAUCGUCUUUACGUUCCCUAUUAAUAUCAGCGAGAGAAGCGUGGUUAAACAACGAUAAAAAGAAGAGAAUUUUUUUUUUGGCCACUAUUAUUUUAUCAGUGGGAUUAAACCUGAUCCAUCACUUUUUAGUUAUUGUUGUAGAUUUUAAAGGAGUUAGAGCAAAUUUGUACAAGCUGAAUCGAUUCUAUUAUGUUUUUUCCAUAAAUUUUCAAUUCAAAGACAUCAACGAGUGCACCCAAGGAGCACACGAUUGCCUUCCAAACCUCGCAUUCUGUCUGAACAAUGUUGGCUCAUACAGCUGUUCCUGCAACAAUGAGUACCUUGGAGAUGGAAAAACAACCUGCGGGCUAUACACUGAAGGCAAGUCUAAUCAUCUUGUUACCUAAUUUUUUAAUAGACGAAAUCGAACUCGCUGUUAAAAUGGUAUCAGAUGCCCCUCUCCAAUCCUGUCUAAUAUAAGCCCCCCUAUGAGAAUUAUUCCAAAAUUCUAGCAGAAAGGAGCAAAGAGUGACGUAGUCGUCAACCUCAGGGAACACCUAUAUCUAUGAAUAAUUUCAUAAGCCACAAUUUUGCUUGCCCUACAUCUUUUAGAACGUUUAUAUCUCGGCUGUUUUUAAGGCUAUUCAGAUAAAAUUUUGCGCAGACAUUGUAAAAUGAUGAAAGUUUAGGCGGGUUGUGUUUCAUUUGGUAGAUCACGCUUUACAAAGAAGCUUUAAGCCACAGUUGUACCAAAUUGGGAAACUGUGAUUUUGUGUCCAACUUUGCCGAAAGAACAGAAGAUAGCACGGGUGUGAUUUUAUUAAUAAAUGAUCGGUCAAAACCUGGCCUGGGCCAGCGAAGUGAGCCUCCUUUCCUUGGCCCCUCGCUCGCGCGUUCUCGCGAGACUUGCUUCACUCGCCCAAAUAGGAGAGCUUGCUCGUAUGCUAGUCAAAACCUUUUGUGUGGAACAAUCGUCUUUUUAUACGCAGAGAAAUUGCUAAACGAGCAUUUUUCCUCUUAGAAUGUCAACGCUAUUCAAGGCUACUCAAUGCUAGCAGGAACGUGAAUUAUGUCUUUGACAAAACAUUCAACUGUGACAGCAACAUUGCUCCAGGGUGGAAGCGUUUUGAAGGUGCCGCCGGGACAAGAAUGCCUACUUCGUGUCCCACUACAAACAGGUGCGGUACUCACUCCCCUGGUUGGAUAAAUGGUACAAAUCCGCAGGUGGAAGAUGGCGAAGUCUUAAGGAAGGUCUGUUUUCAUUGGGACGGCAACUGCUGUAUUUGGUCCACUACAAUUUCUGUCAGGAAUUGCGGUUCCUAUUUUGUGUACAAACUCAGCGGUACACCAGCUUGCCAACUUCGGUAUUGUGGUACUGAUUAA